AUGCAGGCGGGACCCUCCUACGAAUAUGAACCACCCAAGCCGCUCCCCAACAUUCACUUCCAGCACACAAAGAUUCUGCUGCGCACAUCCGAGUACAACAAAAUGUUUGCCGCCACAGCCGACAGGCUGGAACCGGUAUUCGCUCAAAUGGAAAAGGAAGAAGGGAGCUUGGAGCCAGAAGUUGUGGCGAAAGUCAGGAGGAUGGGCGAUGGGUUCGAUGAGUUGUAUCAUGGGCUGGAGAAGAAGGUGCGCCGGCUUACCAACAGGCACUGGAGAGUUAUCAAGUGCGACCUGAAAAGGAUCGGGCAUGUCUCCUUCGAGGACUUAAGCAGUCGCCUGCCGGAUAUUUGUAAUGAGUUGGCUAGCUUAAACAUCACCUUCAAGCACUACGACGGAUACCUUCAGAGCCUCCUUCGAGAGGUUGAAUCCCUGCACAUCACGGUCCAGAAUCAGCAGGCGCUAGUCGAUUCCUACAAGCGACAAGUUGAUGCGCUACCUGCGUCAACGGGUAGUGGUCAUUCCCGUCAACCUAAGAUUGGGGAACCUCCGGCCUUCAAGGGCAGUGAGGAUAAGACCAAGCUUGAGAAAUGGCUGGACCUGAUCGUACUAUGGUGCGAGCAUGAGGGAGUGGCCACGGACAAACAGCGAAUCGUCACGGCCCUCUCAAAGUUGCAAGGACCAGCUCACCAGUACAUGAAGAGCUACUAUGUGAAAAUGCGGGAAGGAAAGGAUCUGGGCACCUGGAAGGCAUUUGUGGCGGAACUGGCACAGAUAUAUGGGCAACGCGAUGACAAGGAGGGUGCAAAGAAGGAGAUCACGGUGCUGUUCAUCAAUAAGGAUCUGGCCUCGAAGGACUUCGUGAAGUAUGCUGAGAGGUUCCGCACCCUUGGACGUCUCAUGGAGUAUGACGAUAGUCUCCUCAUCGACAAACUCCGGGAGGUUAUACCUCGUGACAUGCGGUUGGUGUUGGCCGGAAAGGACGAGUCCACCUUGCCAAAGGAUUGGACAUUGUUCCUCGACAUCUUGCUCAACAUCAACAAGAUCGUCAACCCGGAGAAGGCACGAGGCUCAGUAUUCAAGAACAGUGGCUUGGAUAAUGGCGGCGCUGUUCCCAUGGACAUCGAUUCGGCUGAAAAGUCGAAAUCGAAGGGUAAAGGCAAAGGCAAGGCAAAGGACGCUGAGGCCGCCUCGACAGAGGCAAAGAAGUAUUGCGUCAUCUGCAAGUCGAAGACUCAUAACACAGAUGAUUGCUACAAGUUGGCUAAAAAUGCGGACAAGCGGCCGAAGACCCAAGGGGAUGGCACUAAGAAGGCACAAGGAGGAAGCGGUAACCCCGCGGCCAAGAAGGCUAAGAAAACGCGGGUUAUUCAAGUCGAGCUUACAGAUAGCGAGGACGACACGCCCCCGUCCACGAAAGCCGUGAGCGCCAACACUGCGAGAAUCGAGGAGAUUGCGAACGUCGAGGAAUCGACUCUGGCUGGGAAGGAUGAACCCCAGCUGUCUGCAAAGACAGAACCCACCGCAGCUACCUCGGAUUUUUGGAAGAAGUACAUGUGA